AUGGAUACCACGGAUGCUUUGGCACUCUCGAUUGUUGCCAAGCACUGCGAGUGUUCCCAAGUUGCUGCAGAGGACGCCGUGCAAGUUCAGGAGGAGAUUGGCAGAAUAGCGAUGCUGGAUCAGAUUCAGACCGCCUCGGACCCCAAGUGCCCCAUGUGCCGAAGCAAGCUGCAGCUGCAUGGCGGGCGCCUGGAGAACUUCCUGGAAGGUACUGCCACACUUUCCGCGGAUGAGCGGUCAUAUCUGCAAGCUAUGCUGGAUGGUGCCAAUGCCCGGCAAGACUGGAGCGACAUGAACUUCAUGGAGCGCACGGGUUAUGCUGGAAGCUUGGCGGCCUCCGCGGCAGCCGGGUUUGCGCAGGUAAUGAUAAUGCGAACUGGAUGGACUGCUGGCGGCAUUGCCCCAAGAGCUGACCUGCGAGUGGCACAGCUUGCGGGAGCAGGAGCAGCCGUGGCGUUCCGCGUUUGGCGGGGACGAUGA